AUGUACAAUCCUUACCAAGCUCCGGGUCUUUAUGGACGCGCGCCUGACUACGGUGCCUAUGGUGCGCCUCCGGGCAUGGCCCCUCCUCCAGGAAUGGCUGCUCCAGGCACUGCUGCCCCCCUCGGCAUGCAGCAAGCAAAUAUCCAGCCUGGUCGUCCAGGAAGCUUCCCGCCCAACUUCCAACCGCCUAUGAAUAUGCCAAACAUCAAUUUCUCUGCGCCGGUGAUUCGCUUGGGUACUUCGGGCCCGAACAAGCCUGCAGCUCAGGAGAAUGGUCGCGAACGGGGACCCGAUGCUCCUGGGCGCCGCGGUGGUCUGGGGUCGAUGGGAAUGGAUACCCAGCGCCAUCAUGGUCGCGAGACCAUGAUGCAGCUCCAGCCACCUACACGCGACGAGGUCGUGCGCACCAUUUUUAUCGGUGGGAUUACAGAGGGCGCAGGCGGUGAUGAUGGCAUUGAGCGCAUUCUACGAUCUACUGGUAUCUUGCGUCGCUGGAUUCGCGCGACAGAUGCUGAUGACAAACCUUGCCGGUUUGGCUUUGCCGAGUAUGAUGACCCGGAGAGUCUUGAGAUUGCGGUUGAAACCCUGAAGGACGUGGAAGUCCCGGUCAAGAUACAGGUACCCCUCGCCGAAGGCGAUGAGGAACAAAAAGUCGAAAAGAGCAAGCUUCUAGUCGUCGUCGACGAAGGUACCCUCACCUACCUAGAGCAAUUCGAGUCUAGCCGAGCCGAACAAGACCCCGAGGAACGCCAGGCACGUUUCACCGCUGCGCGCAACAAUCUGAACAAAGUCUUGACAAGCCUCUUCCAUCCCACAGCCCCGCUGACAAAGGAGGAGAUAUCGGCCCUUGAUCGGGAAGGCGACACGGAAAUGAAGGACGCCGAGCCUGCAAAGGAUGGGGAAGUGGUCACUAUUCCCAUCACCAUUGAAGAUGAGCUGGCCGAUAUCCCCCCAGAAAUGCGCGCCAAUGUGGCCAAGGAGAUUUCGGCUUUCCGUGAACGAAGCACCCGCCGCGACAUCGAGCGUAUGAAACGCGAGGAAGAGAUCGAGUCAAUGGAGCGUGCACGCAACUCUGGCUCUCGGAUCAAUCGACUUGUUUCGCCCCCGGCAUCCGCUCCUAGUGGCCCUGCUGCCGGUAUCAACGGUAUUCCCUUGGGCCCACGGGAUCGCAAUGUGAUGAACGCACCUUCUGGUCCGAGGGCAUUCGGUGUGCAGAUUCCUAAGGAUUAUCAGAAGGGAGUUGCUUUUGUCAAUGCCGAUGCCCUCAACGGUGACGACAACUCGGAUGCUAGCGACGAGGAAAUUGAACGCCGCCGACAGGAUCGGCUCAAGGCUGAACAAGAGAAGGAAUUCUCAGACCUGGAGCGCCGCUGGCUUGGCCGUGAACGCAGCCGAACCGCAGCCCUGGAGCGAGAGAAGAAGCGUGAGGAUGAGGAAGACGGAAAGUUGCAAGCUGCGCACGAUGAGAUGGAAGCACGACUUAACGCCUGGAACGAUGAUGUCGAGGACACCCGGAAGGCAGUCGAUUACUACGCAGAUCGCGGUACCUGGCUCCGGACCCGUGCAGCCUUCCGUUCUCGUGAGGCCCAUGUUGACGAUGCCGAUCGCGCCGCUGAGGAUCGCGAACGUGUGCAAUCCGCCAAGCAGCAGGAGCAGGCUCGCGGCAUGGCCGACGACUUCCUCGCUCGCCAGGCCAAGGAGCUCGAGACACGUCCCCAGGAGGCACCGCGCGAACCCCAGCGCUUCAAGCUCUCUCUUGGAGCUGCCGCGCAGAAGGCCCAGGCCGCAACCAGCCGGCGCGCAGUGGCCGAUGUGGAAGGUCUGCUGGAGGACGAGGAAGAGCCUGAGACAACAACCCGUCGGCCACUCAUUCCGAUCAAAUUCGACUCGGCGGCCGAAGCUGCAGGUCUCACUGACGAAGAACGUGCUCAGGCGGCCCGUCAACUCGCAGCAGAGAUUCCGGCUGAGAAGGAAGGCCUGUGGAACUGGGCAAUCAAGUGGGAAUUUGUGGACGAUGCUAUCAUCACCGACCAACUCAAGCCUUUCGUUGAGAAGAAGAUCGUCGAAUAUCUUGGUGUACAGGAGCAAAUGCUUGUAGAUGUGGUGGAGGAACAUGUGCGGAAGCAUGGAUCGCCCCAGGAGUUGGUGGAGCAGCUGGCAGAAGCAUUGGACGAAGAGGCUGAAGUCCUCGUUCGCAAGCUUUGGCGCAUGAUCAUUUUCUGUUCCGAGAGCGAGAAACGAGGCCUGUCCUUGUAG